CCACAAUCUUCUCCUCACCCAUCAUCGCCAUCAUCGCCUUGUCUCGCUGAGCAGGAUGUCCUACACUCAGAGUCAAGCUCGCAGAGGGUACGGCGGUGCGCGUCGUGCCUGUCUGAUCCCCAUCCCCAGCCUACCAGCAUUCCUAGCCCCCUCCCGCCGUACCUUUGGAAUCUACCUCUCCGGUGCCCUCUUCUCCAUCGGAUGGUGGUUCUUCCUAGACGCAGUCAUCUCCUCUUCCAUCCUCUCCCGUGCUCCACCCGAGGGAGAUCCAAAACCCUGGACUCCACCUGAUGUGGCAAUCACCUUUGCCGAUUGGAUUCCCGGGCUGUGCGGGACUUUUGGAAUGAUCGUCGUGAACCUCAUCGACAAGUCCCUCUUGGCUGAAGCGGGACUUAGCUCGGCUCUUUUCAGUGGUGGAAUGGGAGGUGGAAGUGGGGGCGGAGACGCAACCAUGUGGCGGGCGAAGCUAUUCCUAUUUGUGGGAUUCGCACUCAUGGCAGGAGGACUGGCGGGGAGCGUGACAGUCUUGGUGGUCAAGUACGUGGUACCGGGACAUCCAGAGGAAUAUGGAGUGGCAAAUGUUAUUCAGGUGAGUAGAGUAGAGAUGCAGAGCUCGUUGGCUGCUCACUCUAGGGAUGCAUCGCAGCUGCCUUGCCGGCCGGCCAAUUGCUGCAUUGGGACGACCCAAUUCUCUCCCUGACACUUCAAUCUACUAUCCUCAAUGUCCCACAGAACCUCUGCCUAAUGUUGUCUACGGUCUCACUGUGGAUUGCUCAAUCGACAGAGGGAGAGUACGACUACAACCUCACCAUCUAAGUAGCAGUGGCAUACUGUUGCAUAAGAGCAGUGUCAGCUAGUGAU